AUGUUCCAUCGUUUGCUGGUCCGAGGAGGACCACAGAGGUUCCGCCAUGCCGCAGCGGCUGCCACUGUCUUGGGCGGUGUGGCGGUUUGGAACAAUCACGAAGACCACGAGGACAAAGAAGCAGCUCCUAUAGUAUCAACAGCAAGCAGGAGUAUGGUGGCCUGCGAAUCCUCCCUGAUGAGACCACCGUUGACUCUUCCCAACCAAAAGAAUCUCCAGAAUCAGAAGCAAGAGUCUGUAUCCAAAAUAACGACAACAACAACAACAACGGAAGAACCAUUUGACUUGUACGCGUCGUACGACAUUGUCCAAGUCUUGGGAGAAGGUGGUUACGGCAUGGUCUACGAAGCCAAACGCAAACGUGACGGUCGCAUGGUGGCACUCAAAAGUAUGCCUCGUACAUUUACCGGUCAAACCGACUUUGAAGCGGAAGUGGCGGCACUCCAACAAUUGUCGCCGCAUCCCCACAUUGUCCAAUUCUACGACUUGCAUCGGGAUGCCACCAAUUACUAUUUGGUCAUGGAAUUGGUACAAGGCGGAGUUGAAUUGUUGGAUCAUUUAAUUGAACAUGGUGCCUUUAGUGAAGGACUGGCGGCGUCCUUUUUGCGACAAUUUGCCGAAGCUGUGGCAUAUGUGCAUCAAAAAGAAUUGGUUCAUGCCGAUCUCAAACCGGAAAACCUCAUGUUAACGACACACAAUGGCAACAACAACGAUGGCAUGACACUCAAAUCAAAGUCGUCGAUUUUGGAUGUGCCUGUCGCCACGACCUGCAAAAGAGCAUUCAAUUGCCCGCGGACGAAUUUGCCACGGGAUGUCGUUUUUUGCACAUGGUCGCACUCGGCAAUCAAUUUGAACUGGAACGACUCCUGCAAACACAGGAUAGCGAAAGGAGCCCGGAUCAAUCGCUGCGAUCGAUGGGGUGGCAGUCCGUUGGAUGAUGCGCAUCGGCAUGGACAUACAUCCGUGGUCAACUACUUGCGACGAGAAGGAGCCACGUUUGGAAAUACAACCAAGGUGGUGACCAAACUCAUUCAAGCGGCGUCCGCGGGAAAUGUCGAACAAGUGGCGGCAUUGGUCGAAUUGGGUGGUAUGGAUAUCAAUCAAGGGGAUUAUGACAAACGGACCGCCUUGCAUUUGGCAGCCGGAGAAGGACGAUUGCAAACCGUCGAGUACCUCGUCCAAACAGCCGGUGCCGAUGUCAAUGUCGAAGAUCGAUGGGGGAACCGACCCCUGGACGAUGCCAAGAAGGCACCGCAACACGCUCCUGAAAUCAUGCAAUUGCUGCAGGAAUACGGAGGUCAAUCGGCCGGAGUGCCGGCCAAGCAUCGUUACCACAAAAAGAAGAAGAAUCUCAUGGCGACGAAAUCCACCAAGGAACAAACGUCGUCGGGGACCAUUGCGUACUGGCCGCCCGAAAUGUUCCAACAAGGAGCUCUUCCAUCGCCUCCCACCGACAUGUGGGCGGCGGGUGUUAUCAUGUACAUUUUGUUGACUGGAUCCCACCCCUUUGACAAGUUCGCUGACAGGACUGAUAGCGAGAUUGAACGAAUCCUUACUCAAUUGAAUAGUGGUGAUCCGCAAGCCAACAAGAAACUGUUGGAAGAAAUUGUAUUUGAUGAACGCAUUCAAGGACUGUCGCAAUCAUGUGUCGACUUGAUGCGACAAUUGAUGCAUCCCGAUCCGCAACAACGCAUUACCAGCGACAAUUUUGUGCGACAUCCAUGGAUUCAAGGACUCACGGCCUCAUGGGCCACCAUGGAACUCAACAAACAGCAUCUGCAGCGACGAUUUCAAACCAAAAUUCUACACCGCUUUGGAACGGGAAGUCACGCGGUUUCGGACCCCACCAAGCUGCGAGAAAUCUUUAAUGCCAUUGACAUUGCCAAGAAUGGGGUGUUGGAUCCCAAUGAGCUACGAAUCGUUUUGCGGUCGGCAGGAGAACCGGAGGAUACCAUUUCCAAAAUCAUGGCAUCGUUGGACUUGCAACGAGAUGGUGGCAGUGUCCACGGAGUGUCAUGGGAAGCGUUUCAACGAAUCAUGAACAGCAACACCACCAAUGACGAUUGA